GCAAUAUCCAAAUGCCCCGGCUGGUGGGCUGAAGCCAGUACGGACCAAGCCGAUGCUCAUUCUUACAACAAGAUCGCUACGUUAAUCCUGUCUGGCUUGAAGGUGUACGACCCAUCACUUGGUGGUUCUAUGCCCCAGCUUCGGUCCAGCAUGCAUAAUCUGUUUUCUCAAGACGCCGACAAUGACAAAGCUUCCUGGUCUCUUCGCGAGUACUUUCUUUGCCUUGCGACACAGUGCCCCACGGUUGUGUUUGAUCUCGCUGCGGCCCAACACGUUAUUAAAACUGACGAAAAGUUGCCUCGCUUUUGGGAAUUCGCGCUCGUGUUCGACCCAACAUUAAUUGUUCAACGCGCCGAGCCGUUGACUUGGAUGUGGCUAGCGGCAUCCGAAUUCUUUGCUCAUCCUUGGACAGGCCCGGCCAUUCUUCCUCCCAUUGUGGAGGAAUUCGAGCGACUAGAAAGAGAGUAA